CUGAAUCGUAGUCAAGAAUGUUAAUGACGUCAGUAUCUUCGUAGUAAAGGUAGAAAUUUGUAAAGUGGUGUAAGUUCAGCACAUUUGUUAAGUUUUUUACGUUUUGUACGAGAUAAUAGAAAUUAGUUUGAUUGAAAAAUGUCAACUCCAGCACGUAGAAGACUUAUGAGAGAUUUUAAAAGAUUACAAGAAGACCCUCCUGCUGGGGUUAGUGGAGCACCAACAGAUAACAAUAUUAUGAUGUGGAAUGCUGUUAUAUUUGGGCCACAUGAUACUCCAUUUGAAGAUGGUACUUUUAAGUUAACUUUAGAAUUUACAGAAGAAUAUCCUAAUAAACCAGCAACUGUUAGAUUUGUUUCAAAAAUGUUUCAUCCAAAUGUUUAUGCAGAUGGGAGUAUCUGUCUAGAUAUAUUACAAAAUCGUUGGAGUCCAACUUACGACGUUUCUGCAAUAUUAACAUCAAUACAGUCAUUACUUGAUGAACCCAAUCCAAAUAGUCCUGCAAACAGUCUAGCAGCCCAGCUCUAUCAAGAAAACAGACGAGAAUAUGAAAAGAGAGUAGCUGCUAUUGUAGAACAGAGCUGGUUAAAUUUUGGAGAUGAUGAUGAUAAAGAAGAAAAACAAUCUUAGAAAAUAAUAAUUGUGUAAUGAAUGAAUGUAAAGAAUCUCCUUCCUGUUU